UGACGUCUUGUGAUAACCAGCUUGGGACCAUAAUCGUAUAAUUACGUACCUCCUGCGCAAGCUGAACUCAUCAUCAUCUAAAGCCUCCGAAUACGGCGGGACCUCAUAUAAAGCUCAAUUUAACCCUCUCAAAGCCGAUAUUCGACCAUCACCAACAACACUAUCCAAUACAACGCGACUACACCAACCAUGUCUCCCUCUGGCCCCUUCUCAGUCGUAGUCCAUCCCUACGAUUCACCAACUCGCAAGUCGUGCGCAUACGAAAUCGGACCGACCUCGGCUCGCAAUGCACUCGUUAUUAUUGGCGGUCUUGGCGACGGCCCGCACACUCUUCCCUCAAUUCGCACCAUGGCGAAGCAUCUAGAGGAUGCUCAAGACUCAGACUACUCUAUUUUCGAGUUCCGCAUGAGGAGCUCGUUUAUUGGAUUUGGCACAUCCAGCUUGACCAACGACGUGGCCGACAUCUCUGCGCUGGUCAAGUAUCUCCGUGGACUAGGCAAAGAGAAGGUUGUCUUAUUGGGUCAUUCAACUGGAUGUCAAGACUGCAUGGAAUACGCCGACUACGCCAAGCAUAGCAAUGAGCCGGUAGAUGCCUUCAUCAUGCAGGGCUGCGUCUCAGACAGGGAGGCGUUCGAAUUGGUGAUGCCUAAUCCCCAGCCAAGUCUAGAUCUGGCGGCAAAGAUGAUUGCUGAAGGAAGGGCCAACGAUGUCAUGCCUAUGAAUAUGAUCCCUUCCGUGCUCAGUGCGCCAGUUUCUGCAUAUCGGUUCCGGGCUCUUACUGCCAAGGGGGGUGAUGAUGACUACUUCUCGGAGGACUUCUCAGAUGAGACUAUUUCUAAGCUCUGGGCACGAUUCCAAAAGCCUGUCCUGGCUCUGCACUCGGCCGAGGAUGAGUAUGUUCCGGAACGAGUUGAUCAGGCCGUGUUGAACAAGCGGUAUCAGAAAGCGAGCCCUCUGGUGAGCUCUCUGUCGGGGGUUAUUCCAGGAGCUAGCCACACCGUCGCCGAGCCUGAGGCACAGGAGUGGUUUGUGAAGAGAGUCGGCGAUUUCCUGGCGACGCUCGAGAAGUGAUUUAGGGCAUUGGAGUCUUUCGAAUACUGAUUCAACGUCAUCGGUGAACUGGUAACUAGGAUAUAGAGUUUAGAUGUCAUCCCCAACCCAGCGAGCAGCUACCCACUUGCCAGGUGCUCAGCAACUAGAUCCUGGUGCGGUUUUAUUUAAAUUGCUCAGUAUAGCUCAUGGACAUAUCAAGGGAAUAAAGCAGAGAUGAUGAUUA